GACUGACUAAUUGUGGUGUGAAACUUUGAUAUCUGCAGUCAACAAACACUGUCACCGGUCAUUACUUAAUCCUCCCUGACGGCUGGGAGCAUGACAGAAAUACAGAAGUAGCUUCUCAGCACCCUGCGUCUUAUGUGCCUGCUGCUGGUUUUGGCUAACCCUCUCCUGGGUGAUGGCUGCAGUCUGAGGAGGUCAAACGGUGGAUUUUAACGGCACACACACAGCAGACACACACUCUCUGGUCGGUGGACACCCGAAAAGGAGAGGCCCACGGGAACAAUGGCGAAGUACCACUGGCAGAGUCAGAAUGUAAAGCAAAGCGGAGUGGACGAUAUGGUCCUGCUCUCCAAGAUCUCAGAGGACGCAAUCGUGGAAAACCUCAAGAAGAGAUACCUGGACGACUACAUUUUUACGUACAUCGGCCCCGUUUUAAUUUCAGUGAACCCGUUCAAACAAAUGCCUUAUUUCACUGACAGAGAGAUUGAACUCUACCAAGGCGCAGCUCAGUAUGAAAACCCACCACACAUCUACGCCUUGGCAGAUAACAUGUACAGAAAUAUGAUCAUCGACGCGGAGAAUCAGUGCGUUAUUAUCAGUGGGGAGAGUGGUGCUGGAAAGACAGUGGCUGCCAAAUACAUCAUGGGUUAUGUUUCCAAAGUGUCUGGUGGUGGAUCAAAAGUGCAGCAUGUGAAAGACAUCAUCCUACAGUCCAAUCCUCUGCUGGAAGCAUUUGGUAAUGCCAAGACUGUCCGCAACAACAACUCUAGUCGUUUUGGAAAAUACUUUGAGAUUCAAUUCAGCAGAGGUGGGGAGCCAGACGGUGGCAAAAUCUCUAAUUUCCUGCUGGAGAAGUCGAGGGUGGUGAGCCAGAAUGAGAAUGAGAGGAACUUCCACAUUUACUACCAGUUGAUAGAGGGUGCCAACGCACAGCAGAAAGAAGGCCUGGGCCUCAUGACUCCAGACUAUUACUGCUACCUCAACCAGUCUGGGACCUACAAGGUUGAUGGGACCAACGACAGCAAAGACUUCUCUGAGACUAUGGAAGCCAUGCAGGUUAUCGGCAUCCCCAGUGACAUCCAGGCUCAGGUGCUGCAGAUUGCUGCAGGUAUCCUUCAUCUGGGCAACAUCAGCUUCAUAGAGGCUGGAAACCAGAGCCAGGUGGAAAGCACAGACUUGCUUGCCUUCCCUGCCUACUUGCUGGGAAUCAACCCCACCAGACUGCAGGACAAGUUGACCAGUCGAAAGAUGGACUCCAAGUGGGGUGGGAAGUCUGAGUCCAUAAAUGUAACCCUCAACCAGGAGCAGGCCACUUACACACGUGAUGCCCUGGCCAAAGCCCUUUACGCACGUCUCUUUGACUACCUUGUAGAGGCCAUAAAUAAAGCCAUCCAGAAACCUUACGAAGAGUUCAGCAUCGGUGUGCUCGACAUUUAUGGCUUUGAGAUAUUUCAGAAAAAUGGAUUUGAGCAGUUUUGUAUAAACUUUGUCAAUGAGAAGCUUCAGCAGAUCUUUAUUGAACUCACUUUAAAGGCUGAGCAGGAAGAGUAUGUUCAGGAAGGCAUUAAAUGGAUUGCAAUUGAGUACUUUAACAACAAGAUUGUGUGUGACCUCAUUGAAAAUAAACUGAGCCCUCCUGGUAUUAUGAGCGUCUUGGACGAUGUGUGUGCGACUAUGCAUGCCAAAGGAGAGGGUGCAGAUGGCACGCUGCUGCAGAAGCUGCAGGCUGCUGUGGGAACUCAUGAACAUUUCAACAGCUGGAACUCCGGCUUUGUUAUCCAUCACUAUGCCGGGAAGGUGUCGUAUGAUAUCAAUGGCUUUUGUGAGAGAAAUCGGGAUGUCCUCUUUCCUGACCUCAUUGAGCUCAUGCAAAGCAGUGAAUUUAACUUCAUCUGCAGCUUAUUUCCUGAAAACCUCAACACAGAAAAGAAAGGGAGGCCGACCACAGCCAGCUCAAAGAUCAAAAGACAAGCUAAUGAACUGGUGAGCACGCUGAUGAAGUGCACCCCGCACUAUAUUCGCUGUAUUAAACCAAAUGAGACGAAAAGGCCAAAAGACUGGGAGGAGAGCAGGGCUAGGCAUCAAGUUGAAUACCUUGGUCUGAGGGAAAACAUACGUGUGCGAAGAGCGGGAUUUGCAUACCGCCGGCUCUUCAGUAAAUUUCUGCAUAGGUAUGCCAUUCUUACAUCUGAAACAUGGCCGUGUUGGAGGGGGCCUGAACAGCAGGGGGUCCUUCACCUCCUCCGGUCAGUCAACAUGGAUAAUGACCAGUAUCAGAUGGGACGCACAAAAGUCUUUGUCAAGAACCCAGAAUCGCUGUUUCUUCUUGAGGAGAUGAGAGAAAGGAAGUUUGACACCUUUGCCAGAAUUAUUCAAAAGGCCUGGAGACGAUAUAACGCCAGGAAGAAGUAUGAACAGAUGAGGGAAGAGGCCUCAGACAUCCUGUACAACUCCAAGGAGCGGAGGAAAAAUAGCAUCAACAGGAAUUUUGUUGGAGACUACCUCGGUCUGGAGCAAAGACCUGAGCUGCGGCAGUUCCUAACCAAGAGGGAGCGCGUGGACUUCGCUGAUUCGGUGACCAAAUUUGACCGCAGGUUCAAGUCCAUCAAAAGAGACUUGAUCUUGACCCCUAAGGGGAUCUAUCUGAUUGGCCGAGAGAAGGUGAAGAAGGGCCCUGAAAAAGGACAGAUAAAGGAGGUGUUAAAACGUAAACUUGACUUUGGAAACAUCAGCAGCGUCUCACUCAGUUCCAGACAGGAUGAUUUCUUCAUUCUGCACGAGGCCCAGUAUGACAGUCUGCUGGAGUCCAACUUUAAGACAGAGUUUCUCAGUUUGCUGUCUAAACGCUACGAGGAAGUGACGCACAGAAAACUGACCAUCUCCUUCUCUGACAGACUGGAGUUUAGAGUGAAGAAAGAAGGCUGGGGUGGAGGCACCUCCAGGGUGGUGGUUUUUCAAAGGGGUCAAGGGGAUAUGGCUCAGCUCAAACUGGGAGGAAAGACUCUCACGAUUAUUAUAGGAGACGGUCUACCCAAGUCCUCCAAGCCAACCAGGAAGUCUGGUCUAGAUGUUCGAGGUGGAAUGAGGAACCAUGUACCCAACAGAGAGCACGCCAAUGGAGGAACCCAGUUUUCCAGAGGCUAUGACAACCAGCAAUCAGAAAUCACAUAUUCCUCCCCACACAAACAUCCCCGGCCACCCAAUGCUCCACUGCCCAAACUGGACUCCCAAAGGGGCCGCCAGGCCCCAGCAUCAACCCAGCACAACCAGGGAAACUUGGACUUCCUUAACGUGCCUGACCAAGGCAUGUCAGGGCAGCAGAGGAAAAGGAGCAUCAGUCAUCGGCCGCCUCCUGCCCCUAAACCUCAGCCCAGACCUCAGGGUCCCCGCUGUCGGGCGUUAUAUCAGUACAUCGGACAGGACACAGACGAGAUCAGCUUUGAGGCUAACGAGGUGUUCGAUCUCGUCAAAGAGGAUCCAUCAGGCUGGUGGACAGGCAGGAUUCGAGGCAAGGAAGGUCUCUUCCCUGGUAACUAUGUGGAAAAGAUGUGAUGAAGACUUUUCAUCGACAUUCUUGUGUUUAACAAGAAGAGGUUGCAUUUUGUCCAUUGCAGCAGACACUAUUUGCGAGACAAAACAACCUGGGAGUUAUUCAAAGUUGCAUGGAAGUUCUUGUUUAAGGGUGACAUUGUGCUGACAUUUGAGCCCUGACAAAUUACGUGUGGCAGCAUACGGUAUGAAGAGAAGACAGGUGGCAUCAUCAUGAUUGUUAAAAAAAGGACUACAAUGAACUGCUCAGGUUUCAUCUGUGUUGUUGUGUCAAACGAUCCCACUAUGAAUGGCCCGGCAACAGGAUCUUUGACUUUAUCUUCCUUUGAACUGUUCCUUCCUCAGUACAGCUCAGGGCUUCAGCUGAAAAAUGACCAGAAAAAAAAUCCGCGUUUACCUCCAGCUUUUCUCAAGAUCAGUCCACCACUGAUGCUCAUUGUUCUUGAUUAACAGCAUAAGAUCAUGCAGUAAAUGGGCUUUUCAACAAAAAGAGCAACAAAUAAACUUGAAUGAUACUUUUGCACUGUAACAAACCUGCUUCAGAUCAAAUCAAAAUGUGUUGUUAUUUAGACUUUUCAUUAUUGUUUUUUUUAUCUUUGAUAUUUUGCCUAUUUGUCUAUUGUUUCUUUAAAAAAAAUGAAGGGGAAAAUAUUUUCAUUCAUCUCAAAACAAAAUAUUUGUAGCGGUUGAUGUUGUGUUGACAGUAAGUUAUAAGAGAUUUUGGGACAACAAAUAAAAAAAUGGCUUUUUAUUUUCA